AUGUCCGACUCCUUCAUAAGCUCCACGUACUACUACAGUUCCACAACCAACGGCACCGACGGCAGGACUACAACCGGACACAGGUAUUCGACAACUUCAUACACCGAACCCGACGGCUCAACAGUCGUGCGUACAGCCCAGCAAGAUCUAGGCCAACCGGCCGUCGUCGAAGAACGACGAUACGACAAUACAGGCCAGGAACAGCUAGCUUUACCCGAGCCUGGCGGUAGCUCUGCAGGAGGAAUACGGCGCAUCACGGAACUAGAGGAUGACGUUUCAGAUUCCAAAGAUACCCCGACCCCAGAUUCCGCGCCCAAUGUCAUGGCUGAUAUUAGGGGUGCGGCGGCUCAGCUCUUGGAUGGGGACGGCGAGGACGAUUCGUUUAGUUUGGUUUCUUCGCCAUUGGGGUCUAGGGUUUAUGACCCCGUGACGGGCAAUUAUAAUGACUCCGAGUAUGAUAUAGGGGGCGUUACUCGGCGCCAUAGGGAGGGUCGCCGGUUUGGACGGGAUGUGAAUUUUGCUUCGGAUGGCUUUUCGUCUGCGGCGAGGGAGGACCGCCCUUAUGAGAAUCCUAGUACAGGUACCAGGCUACAGAGAGGAAGUGAUGUGGAUGUUAGGGAUGUACUAUAG